ACCUUGGCGGCACCGCUCGCUGCUCAGGGUCGAGGAAAGCAAGCACAGCAGUCACCCUCACCCCGCACGCCUUCCUACCCCUGCCUGGUGCCUCCCGCCGGCCUAGAGAGUGGAGCAGCAGGCACAGUAGACGCAGCAGACUAGCAGCCCACCCACCACAACUUUCCUACUCUCAUCUCCCGCUUCGAGGAACUGACGGGACAGCAGCCAUCACAGGAACUGCGUGACCUUGAACAUUCAUUCCUUCAUCACGGUGGUAUUAGAAAGAAUCUUGCCCGGCUACCUCACCACUCACCGCUCACCGCGCACCACACUCACCACACGCUCGCCGCCGCGCCGACGCCUGCAGCAAGAUCCUCAGCCUAGACCGGUCACCAAGUACAACAUUAAAGACAAGAUCAAGACGUGUGAGACUGAGUAAAGAGAAAGGGAGGAGAGGAAGAGAGUGAGAGUGUGUGAGAGAGAGAGAAGGAAAAAAAACAACUUGCCAUUGUCCAAGAGGUGAAAGUUUAAGAAUGAGGAAAAAAACAGUUGUUGCUCAGGAAAUGUGGAAAUAGUUGAAAUAUAAAGGAAAAACACAGCAGUAGAAAUCAAGGCAAACAAACUGUCAGUGAUUAAAAAGUGUAAGAAUAACAAGAAAAAAGAAAAAUAGCAAAAGAAAUUCUAGUUAACAUCACCACCACCACCACCACCAACAACAACACCAACAACAACAGCAUCAACAACAACAGCAGACGCAGCAACAACAAUGGGUUUCAAUCUGCAGUGUGUUGCCAACUCCGGCGUGACUCUCGGCGUGCUGGACCUGCUCCACGGGCUCGCUACCCUCGCCUUCUACAGUUACCAGUUCGGGACUCACUUCAACUGCAGGUGGAGUCACGGCAUCAGGUGGUGUCGCUACUACCUCGAGGAGACCAACCACAGCCAGAGGGUCGACCUGGGCAUGGGAGAGGGAGUGUUGUGCAUCAUCUUCGCCAUUCUGCUCAUCGUCGCCCUCAGAAAGUACAAUUGGUGGCUGGUGUGGGCGUGGCUGACGAAGGCGCUGGCGGUGGUGGGUCUGAAUGGGUACUUCAUCACGGUGUGGGUUCUGGAGACGUCACGCCACUAUCACCAAUUUUGGAACCGCCACAACUACGACCAAAAUCAAGUGUUCCUGUUGGCCGGUAUCAUCCUCACUCUCGCCGAGCUGAUCUUCAUGUUCGUCUUCUGCUGCAUUGUGGGUUCCUUCACGCAUAAGAUUCGUAAGCAGCGCGUGCCCACCAUGGAGACUGACAUAUAGGAAGCCUGUGCCAGGAUGAGGGUGUCUACUGCUCGUCCCGCCCCGUGCUGCCCUCCGGCCGUGGCGCGAGGAAGGGCAAGCUGCUCUGAUGGUCAACAUGUGAAGGGAGAAAAUGUGUCGCAAGUCCGGUAUUUCACCACCACCUCACCGCGCCUUGGAAUGAUGAAAGUGAUGAAUUUGUGGUUUUAAAUAACUCGUGUGUGUUUCUCUCGAGUGUUUUGGAUUGCUAAUUGAGAGACUUUAAGGUUGUUUUUUCAUAGUUUUAGUGAGUUUAUCAAGGGUUUUGUGACUGUAGAGUGGAAGGAUCUUGAAAACAGGACUAGUCAUCUUUGCGGCCUUUAGAAAAACAGUUCUUGUGAGAUUGAAAGUGCUUUUAAAUUAGUGUUUGUUUCACAUUUCUACUUUUAUUUCUACUUUUUUUCUCUCUCUCUGUGGUUAAAUGAUGUGUUGAAUUUCAUGAAUUUUUUUUUUUUUUUCAUUGUAUUUGUCAGUAUGAAUUUAUUUACUGAGGAGUGUUUUAAGAUUGCGAGUCUUAAUGUUUACGUAACUUUCCUUUCGCUUUUCUUUCGUUUUUUGUUCCGUAGUUCAAUGUUGUUUUGUUUUAUUACUGUAUGUAUUUGUAUGACUUGACUGACAGCGAUCUGGAUUUUGGUGUUAAAAAGUUUGAAUUUGAGGUCAGAAAGUCAGUCAGCAUUGCCUUAGAAAUACGAGCGAUCUAAACAG